GUAGAUGAGCUCGUUAGAGAUUAUGGCCAACAAUUUCAGGUUUCAUGACAAAUCACUGAGGGCUGCAGGACACGGUAUGAAAGCAAUUUCCUGCACAAAGAGAAUGAAAGGCUCUGAAAUAGCAACAAUUAUGAACAAAGUUGGUUCCAAGGUCAGUUGGAUCAGGCAGACCUUAAGAAUCGGCAGUGAAUUUGCCAUCUAUAAAGGUCUUUUUCAGAUGUUUAAGAAGAAAGCUACCACAAAUCCUCUAGAAUGGUGGUCGCAGCUGUUAGAGUACUUCAUUGGAGUGUACUUUUACAUCAUUGAUCAUAUUGAUUGGGCAAGCACCAAUCAUCUUUUAAAAAUAAGUAAAGCAUGGAAGAGCUGGAUCACUUUGGAGAGCACAAGAGCCUGGCUUUAUAGCACAAUUGCUAUAACUAUUCAUAGACUUGCAGGGAUUUAUAAUGCAUGCAAGACCCUUAAACAGGCUGACAAAUUAAAUCUCAGCGAUCAACAAAAACAAAAGAUCCGCAAGACCAGAAAAACUCUCAUAUUCAUGUUCAUCAAAGGCUUGGUCGAUUUCGGUCACAUCACCUAUUAUCUCAAACCCGAAAUAGCCGCAAGGGAUAGUAUCAGUUAUUUCUUGGGAGUCGUCUCGUCUUUUAUGGAUAUCUUUAUGAUCCUGAAUAAAGGGAGUUUGUAGGUGUGCAAUUGGUGGAUCACCUGAUUUUAAAUUAUGAGGUUGAAUUAAUUGCUGUAUUAGAUGAUUC